AUGGAUGAGAGGUCUAACGCUGGGCCGCGCGCAGCUGAAUGGACAAAAGGGCAAAGGAACGAACACUCUGCUGAGGAGGCGGUGGGAGGGGCUCGUCACACUGAUGGAGGAGCGAGUGGCCUAAGAACACGCAAAAGAUGCACCAAAGAGGAAGCGACCCUAGAACAAAUAUGGAGAGUGGUAGGUCCAGUUCCGGAGGGCGGGCGGAUUGCAUGGCUGGCUGUGGAAGACGAGUGGAGGCAGUGUGCUGAGGAAACGCGUUGCGGGGCCUUGGCUUGCGUGCGGGCUAGCGAACGCCAGGACGACGAGGGCUGCUCACGCGCGGGCGCCAACGCGGACGCCUUCACGUGCCGCGAGGAGCAGUGCUGGGAGGCGGCGCGCCGCAUGCAGGCGUCCAUGGACUGGCGCGCCGACCCGUGCCGCGACUUCUACGCGUACGCUUGCGGCGGGUGGGCGCGCGACGCCAGCGCAUGGCCCCCCGCCGCCGCCGCGGCCGCCGCCGCCGCCUCCCUCGCCACGCUGCAGCGCCUCGUCGACCUGCAGCUGCAGAUGCUGGCGCUGCUGGACGAGCUGGGCGGGUACCUGCCGCCGGGCGCGCCGCCGCCCGACCUGACGGCGCUGGUGGCGCGGCUGCUGCAGGUGAACGGCGCGCCGCUCUUCGACGUGGACCUGGACGCCGACCCGCGCAACCGCUCGCGCCUCGCCAUCUUCCUCGACCUGCCGCGCCGCAGCGCCGCCGCCGCCCCGCUCUGGCAGCGCCCCACGAAACGUCGAUAUAUAGAAAUAAUUAUAAUUUUUCAAAUUGCUUGUUUAAAUAAAGAGCUUCUAAACAAUUUUGGAAAAAAAUUGAUCAUUGUACUUAAAUAUCGAAAAAACAAUUCGAAUGUCUUGUACAAUAUGAUGCUCUGCGUUGAAAACACUAUUCACACUUGUCAACCCACUGAAGCAUUUUGUCUGAAACAUUUUCUAUCAAUCCAAAACCCUGCUUCAUAA